CAGAAAAUCUGUGAAAUUUGAACAAGAAACUUCCCAGGAUGUACCGAAUAUCUCAAUUGAUGUCAACACCAGUAGCAGGUUCUUCUGGAUAUUGGUCUAAAAGAGAAUAUACUCGAGCGAGAUCUCCUACAUACAUUUUCCCAAGUUUUGUCUGUGAUUUCCUGAACAGUGACAGCUCAUAUGAAUGCUGCUCCAUAGAUCCCCUGACAGGCUCCCACUUUACCUGUCGUCGAAGUCCCAGGCUCCUCACCAAUGGUUACUACAUUUGGACAGAAGACAGUUUUCUCUGUGAUGAAAAUGGCAACGUAACUCUGAGUCCCUCCCAGACCAGUGUUCUGUAUAAGGAAAACUUAGUGAGAGUAUUUAGAAAGAAAAAGAGAAUCCGCCAUUCUCUGUCUUCUAUUUUUGACCUCCAAGCCUCUAAAUCCUGGCUACAUGGUAGUAUGUUUGAAGAUGCUGACUCUUCAACAAAUAAUGACAUCUGGUUCAAUGGCAUCAGGAGACUGGACACGACUCAUUGCAAUGAAAGUGGAGGUGAUUUUGACUAUUCGUUGACUAAUGAAGAUGAACUGGAGCAGCUGAAUGCAGAAUGUGUGAAGGCUUCCUCUUCUGGCCACACCUGGCCUCAGACUCCCGAAGAAAAGUCCCACAACACAGCUCUUCAGUCUCAGGCUAGGGCUUCUGAACACUUCCAAGGGAAUCUUUCGGAUCAUUCAGAAAUCAGUUUGUGGCGAGAGGUCUCCUUUCAAACAAUUCUGCUGAUUGCAUGCUUAAUCAUUUCCACAUGUGCAAGAUGGUUUCUGGGAGGAAUAUUAGCUAAUGUCUUCACAGGCUCUUUGAUGAUAACUAUUUUUUGUGUUGUCAAAUUAUUCUUUCAUAACCUCAUCAGCUAUUUCAAGCUUUCUUCCUAUGUUCAAUCUAGGUUUGCCAAAAUUUGACAACCAUUUAGGAAUGUCUCUGAUGAAUGUCUCCAAUCUCAAUAUCUAAAAAUUGCGAAUUACAGUCUGCUUGGAAUCAACUACUUCCUUGGAUGUGAGAAAGAAAAGGGAUAAUUGAGAAAAAAAGGAAGCAUUAUAAUUAGAUUAUGUGACUUUUUAAAAAUCUUAGUUUUUCUCUUCAAAAUUGUAAUAUGUUUAUGGAAAUAAUAUUAACAUGUCUCUUAUUUGCAAACACUGGCAGAGGGAAAAAUAAUUAGGGACCAUGAUAUAGAAAAAAAUUGGAAUAAAUGUUCCUCUGUAAUUGCCUAAGGAAAUGCUUCUUAAAUAUUAAUUUUCAUUGGAGAUUCCAUGUAGACCUUAAAAAAUUGCAAAUUCCUAAGACUUCCUGUGGAAACUGUCUCUUGCUGAAUUGAAAGGCUUUAGUUGAACUGUGGAAGAAAAUUUACAAUAAUCAACAUUCACUUAAAAGUAGAUAAAUGCAGCUUGUACAUAGAAUAGAAUGUAGGAAAAAGUUGCCAGAAAUCCUUAAGGAAGUUGCUUAAUGACAGAUGGAUAAAGGCCAGUGAAAAAUGGGCCAGAAAGAACCAUUUUUUAUAUGGAACAUUGUUCUUUUUAUAGUGACAGAACCUCAGUCAGCUGCCUGCAAGAUAAGCACCUUACCCGCUGUACUGUCUCUCAGGCCUCAAUAUUUUGAAGCAUUUUAAAAAAUUGAGCUUUCAAACCUUUUGGGACUCAUAAUUAUUUCUCACUCAAAAUGCAAUUAAAAUAAAGUCAUAACCAAAAGAAAAAUAAAACGGCCGUAAGUUCAAAGUAAAGGUAGAAGACUAGGGAGCUUUGAGGCACAUUAAAAGAUGCUGCAAUGGUAUAAUCAAACAAGAUGCAAAAGGCACGUCUCUAACUUUGUAUAUGGUCUAAAAGACCUUUUUGUAGUGUAAAUGUAGCCGGCAAUUCAAAUGUUUUCUGUAUGAUAUUCAUUGACUAGAAAGAUGCAUUGAAAAUGUUUUCUACUUUAAACAAUAACGUCAAAACCUGAUUGUUAACAUCAUUUGUAUUGAGUUCAUUUUGUAUUGAAAAGUAUUAUACUAAUGUGAUAUUACAAUGUACAAUAAGAAAUGUAUAUAUAUUAGGUUCUUAUCUCUUGUUCUAGCAUAAAGAUUAUAAAACAAGUGAAAGUUUUUAAGUGGAGAUAGUUAUAUAUUUUGUAGUGGAGAACCAUACCCAACAGUGCUCCGGGCUUAGUCCUGGCUCUGUGCUCAGGAAUCAUUGCUGAUGGUGUGACCCUGCUCAGAGGACCAUAUGCAGUGCCACAGAUGGAACCUAAAGGUGCCUUUUGUAAGGUUAGCCACUAAGAUAACUUUAGAAAGCAUCUAGGAGUAGGGGCCGGUUGGCAGGAGAGCAGCCAUUUGAUUAGAGACUUAAAACUGGAGUUCAAUUUCACAUCCUCCCUCUAGCUCUGGCUAAGUCAAUUGUUAAUGGUCAGUGAUUUUUUUGGUCAAUUUUGCCAUUAUAACGGUUCUUUCAUAAAUAGUUAAA